CCGCCCUCUUUUCGGUUCCGGUCACGUGUCAUAGCUCGGCGGAAGAAGAUGUCGAUGAAACGGUUUUCUGCUGCUUCGGUGCUCGAUUUAACGAAGCCUCCGGAUAUCGAGGGCUUUGCCCCACUGGCCAGACCCAAGGAGGAAGGAUUUCGAGACAAGUUUAUAAGGAAAACGAAGGAAAAUCCGUUCGUGCCAAUCGGAAUGUUAGGCACAGCAGGUGCUCUUACUUAUGGUUUGAUCGCUUUUAAACAUGGCAAGACUCGACAAUCACAGCUGUUAAUGCGAGCACGUAUCUUUGCCCAGGGUUUCACUGUUGCUGCUAUCUUGGUGGGUGUGGUAGCUACUGCAAUGAAACGCAAGGAAUAAGUGAAUUUCUACACUGUUGGUGUUUGUGCAGGAGCAUCUGAAACUGGAAAAUGCAAAAUGGUAAACAGAGGAAGUUACUUUGUGCAUCUUUUCUAAUAACUGAAACAUGAAAGUGAUUGAAACUUACUCCAGAAAUAAAACUUCAGAAUUCAACUUUCUGGUGAGAACUUAAUUUUAAGGAGUUACAAGUGCCAAACAUAUUUCAAUAUGAGCUGUGUUGGCUACAGUAUAACUGGAUCUCUCUGUUGCAAAGGAAUCCUCUGUUAAAUAUAGUGGAUUUGUGAUAAAGUCAAAGAUUCCAAACCUUGUUUCACAUUCUCUUCCAUUUCCAUGUGCACUUUAUUUCACUAUGCAUAAGUCACAGGUCUUGACAUUGAGUAGGUGAACUUUUGCCCCUCACCUUUGCUAAUCUGUGCCCUAGAUGGCUUGCUGUCUGAUUCACCCUGUGGAGAAAUGCCAAGCUCCCACUCUUUCACCUUUGAACAAUUGAGGUUUAGUCUGGUCAAGAAAUAUAAGCUUCCUGCUACCAACAUGCUGCACUUUAUAAAAAAAAAUGCAUAGAGGCUGUAAUAAAACCAAUCUAACACAACAGUUUGCACCCAUCCUUAAAACACCAUAAUGUACAUUAUAUUAGAUUAUUAAAAAUAUAUUCUGUAGUUCAAUAUUGAAAUGUGCUUCAAAAAUUGUUUUGAAAUAGACAUUUAAGACAUUUCAAUGGAAAUAAAAUUACAAAUGUUUAAAGUU